CGGCUCUGAGAGACCAACACAUGUAGCAGUGAGUGAGUGAGAGAAUGGCAGAGAUCAUUUCUGACAGAAGAAUCUUCUCUACAGGGAGAGAAUCAGAGGAGGCUGUACCGAGAUCUAAUGAAAGAUUAUAACCCGCUGGAGAGACCGGUGUUCAAUGACACUCAUUCACUCACUGUAAACUUCAGCUUCAGUCUGAUGCAGAUCAUGGAUGUGGAUGAGAAGAAUCAAGUUCUCACAACGAACAUAUGGCUACAGCUGUACUGGUAUGAUCAUUACCUGAAGUGGAACAUCUCUGAUUAUCCCGGAGUAACAAGCGUACGAUUUCCUGAUAGCCAGAUUUGGAAGCCUGACAUCCUGCUUUAUAACAGUGCUGAUGAGCGUUUUGAUGCCACUUUUCACACCAACAUUCUGGUCGGCUCCAACGGUGCCUGCCAAUACCUACCACCAGGGAUUUUUAAAAGCACAUGUCACAUCGAUGUGAGGUGGUUUCCCUUUGAUGUUCAGCGGUGUGACCUGAAGUUUGGCUCCUGGACAUACGGGGGCUGGUCUCUGGAUCUGCAGAUGAUUGAGGCUGACAUUACAGGCUAUAUUGCUAAUGGAGAAUGGGACCUUGUAGAGGUUCCAGGCCGCAGAAAUGAGAAGUUUUACGACUGCUGUAAUGAACCGUACCCAGAUGUGACAUUUACUGUAGUGAUGCGCAGACGGACACUUUACUAUGGCUUAAACCUGCUCAUCCCAUGUGUCCUCAUCUCCACGCUAGCACUGCUUGUUUUCCUCCUGCCUGCUGACUCUGGUGAAAAGAUUUCUCUCGGAAUCACAGUGCUGCUCUCACUGACGGUUUUUAUGCUGUUGGUAGCAGAGAUCAUGCCUGCAACAUCGGACUCUGUGCCUUUAAUUGCCCAGUAUUUUGCCACUACUAUGGUCAUUGUUGGGUUAUCUGUAAUAGCCACAGUUUGGGUCUUGCAGUACCACUAUCAUGAUCCUGACGGAGGGAAAAUGCCGACAUGGACGCGUGUGGUGCUGUUAAACUGGUGUGCAUGGUUCCUACGGAUGAAGAGGCCCGGUGAAGAUAGAGUGCGCUCGGCCUGCCUAGACAAGCGACCCCGCAACAGCCUGUCCAGUGUAGAACCAACCAGAAACAUGCUCUACAUUGGUUUGCAUGGCAUGGAAAGUUUGCCCUCCGCUACCUCUCCCGAUUCUGGAGUGGUGUGUGGCCGUCUGAUGGGCAUGCCCGAGGAGGCACCCUCAGUAAGUAGCGGGCAUGGAGACACAGAAUUGGUCAAGAUCCUGGAGGAGGUGCGCUACAUCGCCAAGCGCUUUCGAAACCAGGAUGAGGAGGAGUCUAUGUGCAGCGAGUGGAAGUUUGCAGCCUCGGUCAUCGACAGGCUCUGCCUCAUGGCUUUUUCUUUGUUCACGGUCCUCUGCACCAUCGGCAUUCUCAUGUCGGCACCUAAUUUUGUGGAGGCCAUUUCUAAAGACUUUUUUACUUAAGUAGCACUUUUGGAACCGUUUUGUUUUUCUCCUUUCUCUGAAUAUUAGCACAUUAUUUUUUAUAUUACUCAGAACUGUUAUUGUAAGUGAUCGUGUCAGUGAGGUUUGGAAGUGGAAAUAUUGCAGUACUGACAGAUUUUUAUCAAAAACUGUAUUGGGUAGAAUUUUGAUUAAAACAGUUUACUGUUUACUUCUUGUAUCCAUUAUCUGUUUAUGCUCAUGUACAUAAAGACUUGCUUCUCAGAA